AUGUGUGCUCCAACCGAAACGAACGUCAUCACAUCCAAUAUGACCAAAAGCAAUGAAAUGCAGAAAGUCGAUGAUCUGAAGAGGCAGUUGUAUGUCACCGCACGAAGAGGCCGCCCUCUGCGAAGAAAUCCCUAUUCUUCGCUCUCUGAACGAAGAGCAAAUGAACUUAUUUCAGACAACAGCGACCACCUGUCAGAGAUGAUCCGAAAGAACCAACAUUGUUUGGUAGACUUGGACAGUGAUGAUGAAAGCGACUUGGAAGAAGACUACUAA